UUCAACCCGAUUCAUCACACAAGAGAAAUUCACGGGUGAUACAUGGCAGAUGAGAUUUAUGCCUGGCCCUGUGAAAACUCGACACGCGGUGUGAUCUGAAGAUGGUUUGGCACGGUGUCUAUUCCUGCGGGCACGGAGCAGGAGGGAGGCUGGGGCUGAAUGACGAGCGAGCUAGGACAGCCUUCACAGGACCUCUAGGCACGCUCCAAGAUGUUGAGGUGAAGAGCCUCGCGUGCGGCGGGAAGCACAACCUGCUGCUGAGCAGAGCAGGCAAGGUGUACUCUUGGGGAUACAACGACAGCAGGCAGACAGGACACGGAGUCGAAGACCUGUCGGAUUGGGAGCCAAGAUGGAUCAGAGCUCUUGAGACAGUCAAGGUUGUGCAGAUUGCAGCUGGAGAAGAUCAUUCCGUCGCCCUCACCGAUCGGAGCGAAGUAUUCACCUGGGGAAGGGGUCUACAUGGUCAGCUCGGGCACGGGGACGUGAGUGACGUUUGGUUCCCUUUCCUUGUCAAGGGGCUGCAGGGCAAGGGGAUCAAGAGCAUCGGCUGUGGGUAUGAAAACACUUUCGCCAUCACUGGGACUGGCAAGGUGCUGGGGUUUGGAUCAGCAGCAUCUGGAAAGUUGGGCAACGGAGAUGUAGAUGGAGGGAUCGGGGGAAACGUCUAUCUCCCAGUUCAGCUCAAGUCACUUGCGAAGUUUACCAUCAUUCAAGCUACAGGAGGAAAAAACUUUUCAAUGUUCCUCAGUCAUACCGGACAGCUUUACAGCGUCGGCUAUGCAGCCAACGGUCAACUUGGGAUCCCCUUCGAAGAAGUGGAGAGCCUGAACCUGCCGUACACGGGGACGAUGCAGGAGGUGUCGCACAAGGGCGUCUUCGUCAAGUAUGUGUCGUGUGGCGACAGCCACUCGCUCGCCCUCUCUGAGGACGGGAUCGUGUACUCGUGGGGGAGCGGUAUCAACUGGGCGCUGGGGCACGGAGGAACAGAGGACACGUUCACCCCGAAGAUGGUGGCGAUGCUGGAAGCAGAUCCCUGCGUUUCAGUUUCAGCUGGAGGAUACCAUUCAGCAGCGGUGUCUGCAACGGGGAGGAUCUACACGUGGGGGCGGAACUUUGUCGGGCAACUUGGAACAGGUCAGAACAUUGACGACCAUUCGGCUGACCACGUUCAAAGGCUGCCGACGAGAGUCAUUCUCAAGGGAAGUGUGGAUUCUUCGGAGAUGGCAAUGCGAGUAGGGUGCGGUCAAUGCCAUACGAUCUUGCAGGUCUGUGUUGUCGAAACUUGUCGGUGA